AUAUACCUGUAGAUUUUAUUCAUAAUUUACAACGAUUCGAAAUUACAAAGCUGAUAUAAUAAAUUAAUUUGCAAGUAAACACCGUCUUCGUAAUAAUUAAAGUAAUAAAUAUUUUUAGUGAAUAGAUAAAUUAUUUUUAUUGUGUUAUCGUUAAGGAAAAACUAUAAAAUGCAAUUAUCAUCAAUAGUAUGUUUGAUAGCUGCGAUGGUCAUCAGCCUAUCGGUCUAUUGUAGAGGCAGUUCUCGUGGUAACGUUAAUGAAGACAGCGGUGAUUUUACUUAUGGUAACAGUGGCUGCGAUGCAACAAGUUUUGGAAACGUUAAUUGUCCCUGGAUUUGGGGGUCAACAGAAGAUGGGGAAAUUAUAUUUGAAUCACUUACGCCUGAGACAUUAGAUGGUGCCUUAAAUGUUAUACGAACUUCUUUCUUUCCUGAUGAAAACAUGUGCAAAGGUUGUGGUUUAUCAUCUGAACCUGGAGCAUUAGAAGAAGCUGAACAAUUGGUAUUAGAUAUUGUCAAAGACGGCCUCAGUAUUGUUGCAAGAGAUGUGAUUACAAACGAAGUCGUGGGCACUAUUUUCAACAAACUAUUUACUCCUGGAGCUGGAAGUUUAGUUAGCCAAUUAAAAAAAUGUAGAACAAAUUUAAAGUAUAAAGCAUCAAAAUGCUUUAUAGAUUCGUUUAUCAAUGUUGAAUCAAGAGUUGAUCUUUUUGAACGUUACAAUGCCGAUUGCAUUUUGGAAAUGACGUUUUUAGCAGCUAGGCGGGAUUAUCGACGAAGGGGAAUCGCUAGUUUAUUAGUAUCAUCCUCAAUAGAAUUAGGAAGACAAUUAUACAAUGGAAUGCCUGUAAAAAUAUCGGUUAAUAAUAACGGAAAAUCAGCCAAUGGUGAUAAUAUUCCUAGUCUUAUUGCAGCGACAAUGUCAUCCAAGUAUUCACAAAAAUUACUAGAUAAAUUCGGCUUUGAUAAAGUCCUUGAAGUGAGUCUUAAUGAAGUUAUGUUCGAAGGAAUAUCACUAAGUGAAAAAAUAGGAAAUACCAAUCAAACUGCUAUAAUCGGUGCAAAAAAUCUUUAUACAAAUUAGUUAUAAUAAAUGACAUUCUGUAGUUUCGAUUAAUAAACUUUUUUAAAGAGUUAC